AAUCUUCGAGAGCUAAGAUACACCACACUGCUGAGAGCUUCGUCCCUGCGCGACCACUCUCACUCCACGAUACGCGUUCGUCGCGCGCCGCCACGAUAUCGACCCCGACCACCCCGCGACAAGCGUAACCACUCAUCAUGUCGGUCAAGUUCGAGCAGAAAGAGACGAUUCGCACCAAUGUCGGACAGGGCAGUGUGCGGGAAGCGUUGAAGAAGGGCGACAAGUCUGGUGUCUUGCAUGAGGUCGGAGAGAAGCUCACCAAGGGCGGCAGUCCAGAUGGUUACCUUGCCUGGUACUUGAAGCAGCUCCAGGAGUCUCCUCUGCGCACCAAGAUGCUCACCUCGGGUUCUCUCGCCGGUCUACAAGAGCUCCUCGCCUCGUGGAUCGCAAAGGACCGCAGCAAGAAUGGACACUACUUCACCUCGCGCGUGCCUAAGAUGGCCGCCUACGGUGCUCUCAUCAGUGCUCCGCUCGGACAUGUGAUGAUCUCAAUCCUACAAAAGGCCUUUGCUGGUCGCACGAGCUUGAAGUCGAAGAUCUUGCAGAUUCUCCUGUCCAACCUCAUUAUCUCGCCCAUUCAGAACGGUGUCUACCUCUUCUCCAUGGCCAUCAUUGCCGGUGCCCGAACCUUCCACCAGAUCCGUGCCACCGUUCGCGCCGGGUUCAUGCCCGUCAUGAAGGUGUCAUGGGUGACUUCGCCCAUUGCUCUGGCGUUCGCUCAGGCUUUCCUGCCUAACGAACUCUGGGUGCCGUUCUUCAACAUGGUCGGGUUCGUGAUCGGAACUUAUAUCAAUGCGCAUACCAAGAAGAAGAGGCUGCAAGCUCUCCGUCGCAAGUAUGCGGACAACAGAACUUCGGACGGGAGGACUACCGACGGGAGGAGCGACUAUGGCCGUCCGGGACAAGGUCCACCUGGAGGAUUUUAG